AUGAAUGAAAUUCUACUAAAGAGAAUAUCACAGAGGAGAGAAAUGGAAACUCUAUCCCUGUAUUCAUUGCACAUAGAUUCUCCGUUAUUUUUGUAUUAACUUUGUUCCCUCAAAACUACAGUAUAAAAAGGGAAUUGGAGGAGAUGCUAGUUUGCUGCAACGCCAAAUACUUAAUACAUAUAUUAUUAUAAGUUACAUAAUAAUAAAAAAUGGAGCCCUUGAAGAAGAUGGGUGUGUUCAUGGUGUUGUUCGUAAUUUUGGGUUCGAUAACGAAUCAACAACAAGUGGUUUCAGCAGAUCGAGCAAGUUGUAUUGCCAAAUGCUUGGAUGAGUGCCCGGGCUGCAUUUCAUUCUGUAAUGCGUAUUGCCAUGGUGCCGAGAAACUACGACAACAAUGUAAUCCUCAUAAAAAGAUCGAGUCCAACAAUCAAUAUUAAUACUUUUUUUUUAUAUAAAAUGGUGUAUAACGGUGGUUUGAUAUUAUUGAUUGAGUAGCUAGGCUCCUCCUUUUUUGUGUGCCCUUCAAAGAGCUCGUUGUUCAAUGAAUAGAACAAAGAUUUGUGUUGAUUUGUGUCAUUUUCUUCUCCUAUUGAUAUAUUGUUGUAUGCGUUUUUUUUUUUUGGUUGUAUGUUGUACUUCCCCCCAUCCUUUUUGGAGUAUACCAUUUGGUUGGAAUGGAGCUACAGAGAGGACCUUUGUAGAAAUAAGAAAAAGCUCAUCAACACAUAAUUACAGGUUCUUGGAAACAAAAACAAAAAAAUAUGAAUGCUAGGGCCCGUAAGACAAGAUGAUAUGAAAGCUGUCCCUAAAAAAUUACAACGAAUGCAAGCUAAAAACUGUGGCGUUUUGGGGUGUCAGUCCACUGUGUGAUUCCAGUUUAUGAGUUAAAGUUGAACUGAUCAAAUUUGUUUGGUUCGGUUUGGUUAAAACCAUAUUCAAUCCAAUCAAAUUUCCAGUUAGAGUUUUGGCUAAAAUAAUCAACCCAGUUCAACCGGAUAAGCAGUCCGGCUAAAUCGGACCAGAAUAUUUUCCACCCCUAGGCCCUUCUGCCGACAAGUUGGCUCCGGCCCUGAUUAGGCAUUAGCACGCCACUCAAUCCAAACUUGCCUCCUCCUAGCCAGCUUCAGUAGGGUGUACAUAGAACUCUUUAGAUUUUUUGUUAGAGUUUGCGUGGUUUUAUUUUACAGUCAAGUUUUAGUAGGCUUUUGAUUGUGCAGUCAUGAUCCAAUUCAAUCUAGAAUUAAACGAACUAGUGUAGGCUGCUCAACAUACCACCAACAUAUGCCACGUACUUAGGUAACUAGAGAAUGUAUAUAACAAACAAUCGAUAAAAGAGGAGAGUCAAUAGGCUAGUUAAGCAUAAAAGUAGCAAAAAAUAUAUACCCAUGCGAUCUAAAACGACGGGAUACAUGCCUCUAAAAAUGGACAACUUUACCACAAGACCAGAAAACGAACAAACGAUAGAGAAAUCAAAAUAGUUCACUAUAUAGCCUAUAAAUACACACCACAAUUCACUCUAGCUUCACAUCCGAAAACACCAAAGCAAACAUCUCCCAAAAAAAAAACUCACUCAGAAGAAUCAUUUUACAAACAACCAAAGAGAACGAUGAAGCCCGUUACGUUUCUCGUGGCUAUAACUACCAUCGCAGUCGUUCUCUCCACCGCCAGGGCAACGUCGUCGUCCGGUACGUGGCAGCGGAUAAAGAACCCAAACGACUUUCGUAUCAGGAUGGUCGCGGAGUACGCAGUUUUUAUGCACAACUUCAAAACCGAGUUCAAACAUCCGUUGAGACUCGUGAGCGUUGACAGGGGCAGCAUCCACCAGUUUAAAGGUGGGGUGAUCUACACGCUCAUCGUGAGUGCGGCUCCAGUCGACAACCUCAGCUCCAAGGGUUCUCUGUACCAAACGGCCGUUCGCGUGAGCCUUGAUCGUACCGCCGGCGGGCUAAUGUAUUUCAUGCCUGUAAUCCAGGAUUUAAAUUAAUUAAAACCCGUCAAGUUCUCCAUAUAUGUUAGUUUUGAUUAAAUAAUUAGAAGUUAGAAUAAGCUUUUGUCGGUCUAGUAGUUAUAAUGUGAUUAAACUGAUGAUCAUGUCCUUAAUUGUUAGCAUCAAAUUUUAGUUUCUUUCAAAUCGUGUUCCAUAUCUAGAUGUGGGGUUCUAUUGCACCAAAAUGUCAUUAAUAAACGAAGGGCAUGCAACACACCAUAUAAUUAAGAGACCUAAGGGUAUGUUGAGGAAUGUUUCGAAUAUGAGAUUUCUAUAUUGAAACCAUACCAGCGAUCGAAUUUGAGCCUCAACUUCCUUGCAGACCUAAGCCCAAUCGAAUUUCGUGCAUGCAUGGCCCAUGCAAUCUCGCAACAAUCCAACUAUGUACAUUUUGUGUAUUUAUCAGAAAUUGGAUUAUUGUCACAAAGUCGAUAAUUAUGACUGUACAAGUGAAUUCUAGCUUAAUUCUUUAGAUUCGAAUUUGAUUAUAACAGGCUCUUGUUUCUUGCUUGAUUAAUUCUUCUAAGUAAUGAAAUUGUUUUAAUUAAACAACCAACGUAUCCCCUAUUGUGACCUCUAAUCGGACUAAGGGUGAGCAACGGUUAAUGUGGAUUAAAUUGAUAUAGGGAUCAAACUGAACAAAAUGAAAUGUAAUUUGAUUCGAUUCGAUUUUGAUACAAUUAACUAUUUCAACGACAUCCCUUCCAAUUUGAUUCGAAUCGAUCGGACCGUGCCCCACCCCCUAAGUCUGACUUAGUACACCAAGGCUUUUCACAAUAAAUUGUUGAGACACACACAUAUCCGAGCACUAGUUUGUAACAUUAUUAUGUUACCGUCGAUCUAUAUAUAAAUCCCGUGUUUCUCCAUGUACACACUUCCUUUUUCGAUCCUCCAAUAUUUAAGAUAUGUCCAAAAUCAUCAAUUUUAAUUAACUAAUAUUAAUAUUAUUCUUCAAUGAAGAAAUGUGUAUGUU